CUCCCCUCCCCAAUUUCCAUGAGGAAUAGAUGUAAAGUGUGGUUUAGUUUUAUAGUUUUGAACUGUGAUAUAUCAAGAUGUUCAUACAGUCUAACAAGUCUAAUAAUCCUUUUUCAGGCAUAUAGGUGAGAUCAUAUCCAAAAUAUACAUGAUGUUGUAUGCACAGAUCAUUCAGAAUUUUGAAAAACUCUAGUGAAAAACUGGUAAAAAUCUCAAUAUCCAAUGGUGCGGGCUGGAGUUACUGGAUAGGUGAAUUCCGAUGGAUGUGUCUUUAUAGUGGAAUGUUACGAAGUUUCAUUUAUAGUGGAAUGUUGUGAAGUUACACAAAGUAAUAUUUAGGAGCAAUUUAAAAAAUAAGGAAGACUAUUUCUGUUAAAAGUUACAGUUCUUCUACAGUAGCAUUCCAAAUGUUUAAAAAAUGUGCAUAGAAAAUGACUGGAAGGAAACAUACUGAUAACACUAAAACUAAGUUGCUUUUCCAUGGCUUGAGCUGAGUGACUCUCUCUUUUUCAUGCUAUAAAUUUAUUAUUUUCCAGUGGGGGAAAAGACUGCUACUUUAAACACAUCUUAUUGCUCAAGGACAGGCUGGGAUAGAUGAUUCACGCAGUGACUAAUGUUGAGUACUUACCUGCCUUGGCUCAAGUCCCGGCUUAGGCACUGCAGCCACAAAAUAAGACUCAGGCCCUUCUUUCGGUUGGUGCAGGCCCACUGUGGAAGGCCAGGCCAUGUGGCAGAAAGUCUUAUUUUUUUUUCCCCCAUUGUUCAUGAGUUCAGUGUGAGUCUUCAGUGAGAUGAAGCUUUCAAAAAAAAAUCAAGUCCAGUUGAGAAUCAAAGGAUCUACUCUUGAUGACCUUGACCAUGUGACCUUUGGACCACUGGGGCACCAUGAUUUAAAAGGAACAUGAGCAUCAAGACUUGAUCCACUAAGGUAGACUAGGGUGAUAUAGGAUCAGGAAUGGCUGGAGUACACUUAUGGAGGGGGUACCCAGUAGAAGUGUUUUCAUGGUCAUCGGGUGUAGGAAAGAGCACACACAUUCAGUCUUACUCUUGGUGUUGGACUAUGACCUGUGGAUGAAGCAGUUGCUUUAUCUUCUGUAGCUUCCCAUUCUUCAUCUGUAGAAUGGUUGCCCUGAUGUUGAAGGACUUUAAAGUAUCCUUUAACCAUAAAGACUGGGUUGGCAAAUUUCAUUUCAGCUUGCAAAGGGAUUUUCUAUUUGGCAGAUCUGCCCAGCAGUGGACACGUCUGCCCGUGAAGUAGUGGGCUUCCCGUUGUUGGAGGUAUUCAAACAAUGCUGAACGCCAUUGAUCAGGGACGCUGCAGAAGAGAAGAGCAGGAAUUAGGCUGAACUCCAAAGUCUCUUCCAGUUCUCAAGGAGACGCAGCAGCAUGGCCAGCGUGCUGUCCCGACGCCUGGGCAAACGGUCGCUCCUGGGAGCCCGGGUGCUGGGCCCCAGCACCUCGGAGGGGUCCUCAGGGACCGUGGUGCCCUCGGAGCCUCAGGUGGAGCUGUCGGAGGGUACCGCCCCAGAGCCUGUGCUGGCCUGCAAGGACCCUGUGAGUCGGGAGCGGCCCAGGGAACUCCUCCAGGCUCUGGGCGCUGCAGGCCUCCAGCAGGCGCCCUUUCAGCCCGGCCAGAAGGUCUGCGUUUGGUACGGGGGACGGGAGUGCACGGGACUGGUGGAGCAGCACAGCUGGGCGGAGGACAAGGUGAUAGUGUGGCUGCUGGACCGGAAGUUGCAGAUCUGCUGCAAGGCGGAGGAAGCGUGGCCGGCGGAGCUGGAGGCCUUGGGUUCCCCGGAGCGCAGAGCCCCGGAGCCGGCCUACAGACCCGUCUCCAGGAACAUCGACGUCCCCAAGAGGAAGUCGGAUGCAGUGGAAAUGGACGAGAUGAUGGCGGCUAUGGUGCUGACAUCCCUGUCCUGCAGCCCAGUUGUACAGAGUCCUCCGGGAGCUGAAGCCAACUUCUCUGCUUCCCGCGUGGCCUGUGGCGACCCCUGGAAGGAGAGUGGGGAUGUGUCUGACAGUGGCAGCAGCACCACUAGCGGCCACUGGAGCGGCAGCAGUGGCGUCUCCACGCCCUCGCCCCCGCACCCGCAGGCCAGCCCCAAGUACUUGGGGGACGCCUUCGGUUCUCCCCAAACUGACCAUGGCUUUGAGACUGAUCCUGACCCCUUCCUGUUGGAUGAACCAGCCCCACGCAAAAGGAAGAACUCCGUGAAGGUGGUGUACAAGUGCCUGUGGCCCAACUGUGGCAAAGUCCUGCGCUCCAUCGUGGGCAUCAAGCGACACGUCAAAGCCCUGCACCUGGGGGACUCUGUGGACUCCGACCAGUUCAAGAGGGAGGAGGAUUUCUACUACACAGAGGUGCAGAUGAAGGAAGACCCUGCCGUGGCCACGGCUGGCCCCUCUGCCCCGGGGACCCCCACUGCUGAGCCAGCCCCUGCUGCCCGCGUGACCAGCCCGCCCCUCGCUGCCCUCCCUCUGCCUCUGCCCAAAGCCCAGUGCUCUGGCUCCAAACACCCUGUGCUGGAGUCUUCCCUGCCGUCGGCUGCGCUCAGCAAGUCAGCUCCCAGCUCCUUCUGGCAUAUUCAGGCUGACCAUGCAUACCAGGCUCUGCCGUCCUUCCAGAUCCCCGUGUCCCCCCACAUCUACACCAGCAUCAGCUGGGCUGCUGCCCCCGCCACUGCCUCCCCGCUCUCUCCGGUCAGGAGCCGCUCACUCAGCUUCAGUGAGCCACAGCAGCCACCACCUGCCGGGAAAUCUCACCUGGUCGUCACCUCUCCAUCCCGGGCCCAGAGCAGCACCAGGAAAGCCCGUGGCGAGGCCAAGAAAUGCCGCAAGGUGUAUGGCAUCGAGCACCGGGACCAGUGGUGCACUGCCUGCCGGUGGAAGAAGGCGUGCCAGCGCUUCCUGGACUGAGCCCGCCACCGGCCACCUGGCUACCUGGCCGCUGGGGACAGUGAGGCCGAUGGGGAUCCGGCCACAGCAGAACCCAAGGAGAUUCGGGCAAAAGUGUGGAGUACCAGCCCAUCUGGCAAAGGUGUAACACUUCAAACACUUUCUCCCCCUUGGGGGAGCAUCUUAUUUUUUUAAAAAAAAGAACUGAAAAUAUUUUUUCCCCUAAAAUAGGAGAGAGCCAAAACUGACCAAGGCUAUUCUACAGCGAACCAGAGACCAAAGAAUUCUUCCCCUCCCUCUCCCACAUCCCUGUCCCACCUCCCCUGGCUGGAGGGGAUGAGUUUGUCUCACAGAGGGGACAGCAUCACAUGCAAGUCAUGUUCCCUGCUGAAUUGAUGAAUCCUUUGCUUUCUCAACUCUUCCAGAAAGGACUGUGAGCAAGACGAACUCCCUUAAAACAAAGGCAGCUUCUCACUGGAGGGAGGACUUCGGGUGGGUGGGACAGCAAGCGUCUGGCUGGCCUCCCAGGGGGCCCUCUGGCCCAUCUGAGCAGCUUCUGGAAGGGAAAGGAAGACCUUUGUGACAGCUGUCUGUUCUAUGGCUUCUUCUCAAAGCUCAAGCUUUUAGAGAUUUGUGAAGACUGUCCGCAGCUAGCUGAGCCAAAAGGCUAAUAAGAACUUGCUUUUGGAAAAGUGCGUUUGGCACUCCCUUGAGUGUGCUUUGUCUCCUGGAGGAAGGGAGAGAGGGUUUCGGUGUUGGGGGACAUGCUGCUGUUCCGGGAGAGACCCCUCCUGCGGUCUCUUCCCUCAUGGUGGGAGGACAGGCCAGAACACUUUGUCCUCUCGGCCAGUGUGUUCUGAGACAGUGUGUUCGUGGGGGCGGUCCCAGGGAUCUCCCCCUUUCCGCUUCUGGUGGAAGGCGGGUUGAGGAGGGUGGACUCCUUCCGGGCAUGAUGCUCAGACUGAGGACCUCGGGAGGGAGGUGUGGGGUUGAAUAGCAGCUGGUGUUUCAGCCUUUGGUGCUUGUAGAGAGCAGAUAUUCAGGGGGACGGGUGGAGUUGGGGUCAGUGUGCAAAGCUGUUCUUGCCAAGGAUGGAGAGCUAGGGAGUUAGGUCCUUGUCAGCUAGGGAUGACUAAGAACUGAGUGGCAGGGCCCUGACUCAGCCGGGGAUGCCUCAGGGCCUGAACUCGACCACCCUGGGCUUACUGUGUCCAUGCAUCACCUUCUCUGGGACUGAGCAGCAGUGCCCACCUUGGCUGUUAUCCAGACCGGUCUCUCGGUCCCAGGUGAAAACACCUGAUCACCAAGGCUCCCUGGAUGAUAUCACGUGGGAAAUGAUGCAGGUGUGGUAAAACCUGCACCCCCCUCAGCCUAGGGAUGUGAUUUUGUGAAGGGUGUAGAGGGCUGGCCGGUGGCAGAAGGGACAGGUACGCUUAUGCGUGAGUGUCUCUGGUGGGAAUAUAUUUCUGUAACUUGGGAGAAAUGGAUAUGGACGCUUGUCGCUUGGCCAGCUAGAGGUGGCCCAUGGCUCCUCUUUUGUCCUUCGUGGAGAAUUAGGAGCCAGCGACAGGCCCAUCUCCAGAUCUUCCUGGGGAGGGAGUGUCUUGACAUGGGGACCCUUCCCUGGAGGCCCCUUCCUCCCUUCCUAGCUGCAGCAACAUGGACCGUGCAGGUGUAGCUGAUGCAAGGAUUUUUCUCCACACGAGGCAGACUCCUCAUGCCAUUGGUGUGCAGAACAGAAAGGGAAGAGAGAAGGAAGGGCUUGAUGGGACGCUUUAACAGUGGAGGGGUUUUGUUUCUGUUCGGUCUUUCCUGCCUGCCUCGCUCUGUCCCUCUUGCUGUCUUGUUGCUGCCGUGUGGGUUCCUGACACAUGGUCUGUCCUUGGUCUGGCUCCGUGAGUCCCUUCUCAGAGCUGGGGUAGUUUGUGAGCUGACCUGGUGAUGGCGUGCAGUUUUCCAUCUGUGCAUCUCCCUGCUUCCCAGCCCCUGCCCCUCCCUGGGCGUCAGAUGUGACGGGAGGAUGAUGUUGCAGGUGCAGCAGGAUCCAUCUGCAAGGCUGCUAUCUUGGGAAACUGCUUAUCCAAGGCGUCUGCUUAUUAGAUGGUUUCUUGGAGUUCCCGUCAGAGCGGAGGCUGCGCCUGGGAGGUGAAAUCCGCACCAUGCACGAUGCAGAGAAUUGCGCCGUGGUCAGGGGAAGUCUCAGGUACAGACCAAAAGGACGCAGGUAACUUAGUUUGGACUUAAUGUGAAUUUUAAGCUGGCUCUGAAAGCAAUUUGGUGACUUCAGACAGUGUCGUGAGGCACGGCCACGUGGUCACAAUGAGAACUUCUUGGAAGACAAUGUUAAUUUGGGUGUGGAAACUGAUUUGUUGGAAGAAAGAUCUGUCCUGUUACUUUCUGGUCAUCCAGGUUCUGACUUUAGCAGGGGCAAAAAAAAAAAAAAAAAAAAAUUGGAGGGAGCUGAAUCCCAUCUGUGAAUUUGUCUUAUUGGCUUCUUUUCUUUCCCUUCAGCCAUUUUCCAAGUAUUAUUUUUACUGUUAAAAAUUUUUUAAAAAUGUGAAAUGUAAUGUUUUUACACCAACGAUAUGAAAUAUAUUUUAUAAGGAAUAAAGUGGUACAUUGUCUGGCUUAA